AUGGUGGAUGGAGAGCCCGUCCUAUGGAGCCUCUACGUGUAUGCUCCGAACAAGGUAGCGCCUGUCGUCUUUGCCGUCUUAUACGGACUAUCGACUGCCGGCCAUCUUUGGCAAUGCUAUCUGUACAAGUGUUUUCGACUCCUCGGGCUUCACCCCCUCUGCGGUAUCCUCUUCACACUCGGCUACGCCCUCCGCGAAUACGGCUCCUUCAACUACCUCUACGAAGAAGAAGACAAAACCGUGCUUAUCCUCUUUGUCCUGAGCCAAGUCUUCAUCUACAUUUGCCCCCCCCUCCUCGAACUAGCAAACUACCACAUCCUUGGCCGCCUCUUCUACUACGCCCCUCACAACGCCCCCCUCCCUGCCCCUCGCGUCCUCUCAACAUUCGGCGCCCUAAUGCUCCUCGUCGAAACCCUCAACGCCCUCGGUGUCUCCCUCGCCUCGAACCCCUCCGGGUCACACAGCACACAGGACCUCGGAAGCCACUUGACGAUAGCGGCGCUGGCCCUCCAACUCGCGGUUAUAAUCAUUUUUGUGCUCCUCGCGGGGCUAUUUCAUCACCGGUGCGCGAAGAAUGGGGUCAAGGCUCGUGCUGUGCUCGUUCCGCUACGGACGCUGUACGCGAGUAUGGGGCUUAUUUUUAUUCGGUGUAUAUAUCGCCUCGUCGAACAUAUGGGGUCUACGACUGUUGAGAUUGAUAACAUUGACGCCCUCCGCGCACUGACCCCGGUUUUACGGUACGAGUGGUUCUUUUACGUUUUUGAGGCCACCCUCAUGCUGCUGAACUCGCUGCUGUGGAAUGCGUGGAGUCCGGGGAGGUUCUUGCCGCGCAGCUAUCGGGCCUAUCUGAGUAAGGACGGGAGGACGGAGGUUGAGGGGGUGGAGGUACAAGAUCAGAGGUCGGUGGGAGAGAAGAUUUUGGCAAAGUUGACGUUCGGCUUCUGUUUUCGGAGGGUGAAGGUUAAGUACCUUGAUGAAAACGAGUUGGAGGAGAUGGCGAGGCGUGGGACUGGGAAGCAUGCGCCUCAGGGUUCAUCGGGGAGUGACUCGCCAUUGUUUACUGGGGCCUGA